AUGCCUCCAAAGAAGAAAGGACCACAACCUUCAGACAAAAACAAGGCAAAGGCGAAAGCUAAGUCCGCUGAAGACAAAGUCUUUGGUAUGAAAAAUAAAAAUAAGUCUAAAAAAGUUCAACAACAGAUAAAUCAAUUACAAGCAGGUGUAGAUGGAGGAUUAGCUAAAAGAAAAGAAGCAGAAGCUAAAAGGAAAGCAGAAGAGAAGAAAGCAGCAGAAGAAGCUAAAAGAGAAGCUGCAAAAUUAUUUGGAAUUCAGCAACAAAAAGUUCCGUUUGGGGUUGAUCCAAAAUCAAUAUUUUGUGAAUUUUUCAAACAAGGUGUUUGUACAAAAGGAACAAAAUGUAAAUUUAGUCAUGAUCCAAAUGUAGGAAGAAAAGAUGUCAAAAAGGAUUUAUAUACUGAUGCAAGAGAAGAAAAAGAACAAGAUACAAUGGAUAAUUGGGAUGAAGAUAAAUUAAGAAGUGUUAUUAUGUCAAAACAUGGUAACCCAAAAACAACCACGGAUAAAGUUUGUAAAUUUUUCAUUGAUGCAGUUGAAAAUGGUAAAUAUGGUUGGUUUUGGGUUUGUCCCAAUGGUGGGAAUGAAUGUAAAUAUAAACAUUCUUUACCACCUGGAUUUAUACUAAAGACAAAAGAACAAAAGAAAUUAGAAAAACUAGCGGCAGAAAAUGAACCAAAAAUCACAUUAGAAGAAUUCUUAGAAUUAGAAAGAAGUAAAUUAGAUAAGACAAAUUUCACACCAAUAACAGUUGAAUCAUUCAAGAAAUGGAAAAUUGAUCAAUUAGCCAAAAAACAAUCACAACUAAAAGAAGAUGAGAAAAAAUCAGGUAAAAAACCAUUAACUGGUAGACAAGUAAUAUUGGAGAAAUUUUCAGAUAAAUAUUAUACUGAAGAAGAUGAUGGGAAUGAUUCUUGGGAUUUAUCACAAUUUAAAGCAAGUCUACCUGAUGAAGAAGAUGGUACAAUUAAAGAUUAUGGUGAUGGUUCAAAUGCUCAAGAAUACUAUCAAGAGGAAGAAAAACAAACAAAAGAAAAUGGAGGUAAUAACGAAAUACAUCAAAAUGGAGCAACUGAUAAUGGCAUAUUGAGCAAUGGAGACGCUAAUGGUAUUUCGAAUAGUAAUGGGGUCAAACUAGAGUCCUAG